AUGAAAUACAUCCAGCUGUUGUCUGUAGCGGGACUCGUAGCCUUUGCGCAGGCUUGGGGGACUGAUAUCAGCACCGCUUACACGACUGUGGUGACCACGGCCUACGAGACAUACUGUCCUUCGCCCACUACCUUUGUUCACCACAACGUGACUUACACGGCGACCACGGCAACGACACUUACCAUCACGAUACUGACUUGGAGAACAGACUGCCCUUGCACUAUUACCACCAGACAACCCCCGCCAUACACCACGACCAAGACGAUUUACCCGCCACCCGUCGUCAAUACCACGUCUUGCCCGCCAGAGAUCACCAGCACGACGAUCAAGACGAUCAAGACCACCAAGCACACCCCGCCUCCCAAGCCGACCUACCACAACACCACCGUGAUAGAGCACACCCCCAAGCCUCCCAAGCCUACGGAACACCCGACUCACUCGGAGCAGACACCCAAGCCGCCCAAAGCCACGAGCGAGUAUCACCACCACCCCAACAGCACCUCGACCGUCGUUGUGGUGAUCACGCCGCCCGCCGAGACCAUCAUCGCCAGCACGACCCCCGUUACCCCCGUCACUCCCGUCACCAACCUCCCCACCAAUACGCCCGUCGGACCGACGACCACUAGGCCCGUCACGGUUCCCGCGAACGCGGCUGGGAUGGUUGAGGCGGGUGCCGGCGCGGCUUUGGUUGCUGUCCUAUUCGCUCUCCUGAUUUGA